AUGGUUCCCAGUCUCCCAGACCAUGACUUCAACAACUUUUGGGGGUCGGUCCUGGGGGUGGCGGACCUCCAAAGUCGGCCCAUGGCCAAUUCCUUGAUCAAACAGUACUGGGACGAUCCGAUCCAGACGGGGAGGCAGUUCAGCAGAAUACUGGCGCAAUACACCGACCAAUUUGAGCAAGUGUCCAUAAGCUUCUUCGGCGGGACACUGCCAAUCUCCUUCCACGGCCAUGUGACGGACGCCAUGUGUCCAACCACUGUGGCCAGCUUGCUCCUGCGACUGGCCAUCAUCUCCAAGUCAGAUAGUCCUGAUUCGAUCCAUGAUUCGAGCCCGGUCGAUAGGACACAGCUGGCAUCGUUGCUGGGCUGGACCGAACGACAUUUCGAAAGCCCAAGAUGGGUGGCGGUCGAGGACUCGUUCGCAGCAGGGUUCGGUCCCCUGGUAAGCGACCCUGAACAAGGCUUCAAGGUCAGACUCUGUGCACAAGUGCCUCGAGCUGAGCCAGUCUUCCUCCAGGCGAACCUCAGUGCCCAGCCGGCAUUCCGCGCCCAUGCGGCGGGCAGCCCAAGCAUCAGCAUAAGACUCGUGGACCGAUCCCCAGCGGAUCUCGUCCACGCUCUGUCUCACGCCAAACAGCUGGGAUGCAUUGGCGUCAUCGUGGAAAUCGUGAACAAUCAGCUUCACGGUCGGGUGACAACGCCGGAGCAGCUGCGCAAUUUGAUGGAUGCCUGCAAACAGACCGGGCUGAUGCUCGUAAUCGACGAGACCAUCACGGCCGUGCGGUGUGGUGCUCCCUUCGCACAUCAGAGACCCGAGUACCGAGCAGUAGGCAAGCCCGACCUGGUGUUUUUCGGCAAGGGAUUGGGCGCCAACGGCAUCGGAAUCAAUUUCGAUGGCCCUUACUUGCAGCGACUGGGGAUCGAUGCAGCCAGCAAAAGGAGGCAGGCAAUUCAUGAUUGGCAAGCGGUGGUGACCCAGGCUCUGCAUCUGCCCGUGCUCAUUGAAGCAUUGGGCAUCCUUGAAAUGGCCACGGCGGGCGAUUGGGUUGGCCGGGCCCAAACCAUUGGGCGGCAUUUGAGGAGGAUCGCCAUGACUCGUGCAGAAACACUGAAGCGAGAUAGGGACCCAAGCGGCGACCCCGACCCUGUUCUUGGUGGUCUAGACAGCUUCAUCUUCAUCCGUAAGGACAUUGCGGCGACAUUUCUCGUCAUGGGCGCCAGCAACGCAGGCCCUUGGGUGCGCUGGGUCCGGUGGAUGCCCCGAAUGGAUCGCCGGUUGACAAAGACAUCGACCAUUGAGUCGCUCACAUCGGUAUCGGCCAAAAGUCGAGAAUUGCGCAAGUAUAUGUCGCUCUGUCUCGAGAAGGAAGGUCUGAAGCCCCAGUGGUGCUUUUAUUGUGGUAACUCGGCGGGCCGCGACAGCGGAAUCCCCUGGUGCAAGACCUGCUGCAUUGACGUCUGCAGAGAAGAUGAGUGCAUCGAGCACUUGCUGGCCCACCAAUGUCCCGGCUCCGGCUCAGAUGUGUCGUCUCCAUGUCGAGGCUCAAGACCAUAG